AUGAACACCUUCACCAACGCCGUUUCGGCUUUGGCGCUCGCCUCUGCAGCCACUGCUCAGUAUGCACUUCCCGCAAAGGACGUUUCUUUCAUCGGUGGAAACGUCUUCAAGAGCAAUGACCCAGCCGUCGCCAGCUAUCCUUUCUCUUACACUCCUCCCUUCAAGACAGAGCACGGUACCAACUUCACUGGCUACGGCACCAAGGAGGGUUAUACUCUUCCUGAUGGUGCGACUGGCAAGUACCCUUACUUCCAAGUCAGCGAGGGUCACCCGAAGGCCAUCAACAAGUCCAAGCUCUUUAAUGUUUGCCAUCCAUCAGAGGGCCAAUGCGAGGGAAAGUUCAAGAAGAUCCUCCACAUCAUAUUCGAGAACGAGGCCUACGACUGGACUAUGGGCCAGGCAUACAGGAAGCUACUCGCUACCCGUGGCAAGCUGCUUACCCGUAGUUAUGCUAUCACCCACCCAUCCCUGCCCAACUAUGCCGCUAUCGUCGCUGGUGACUUCUUCGGUAUGGCCCAUGAGGAUUUCUAUAAUGUGAACGCCACCAGCAUCUACGACCUACUCGAUGCCAAGAAGGUCUCCUAUGGCACUUACGCCGAGUGGUACAAUCCCAUCGCAACUCACCGUGGUCCGAACGAGUGCAACAACUAUAUCACCAACGGCCCGAUCGACAGCACCAACCCCGAUUGGUCGUCUCAGGUCUACCGUCGUCUCGACGUCCCAGCACUACUCUUCGGCUCCUACAUUAGCAGUUACGAGCGCUGCAGCAAGAUCUACGGCGCCAACAACACCUUCGCCGAUCAUGUCAUGUCUCACAUUUUGCCAGAGUACUCCUACUACGUUCCUGAUAUGCUUCACAAUGCCCACGACCCUGCCUCCGACAGAAACUAUUUCAACCAGCCAAACACUGGUGGCGAGUGGCUCAACUCCUUCUUGGAUCUGUACCUGCCCGAACUCGAGGCUCAAGGCACUCUGGUUGUCGCUUCUUUCGACGAGGCUACCUGGUGGAACGACGAUGACUACUUGCCUAACAAUGAGAACCACAUUGCCACUCUCCUAUUCGGCGCUGGUGUCACCUCCAACACUACCGAUGACAGCUACAUUACCUUGUACGGGAUGUUGCGAGGUGCCAUCCAGAACUUUGGUCUGGGCUCGCUUGGCAGUAACGACACCAACGCCACCAACGGUAACCUCUUCGACCUGGUCGGCUCCGCUGACUUACACAAGAAAGCCAAAUUGGGCGGCGAGGCCCCUGGCAAUGAUGAGAAGUCUUGA